GGCUGGUCAAAGGACAACCACAUCGUCCACGACAUACAUUUUCACGCCAAUUGCACAUUUCUAAGCAUUCCGCCACUCGACUCUUCCUCAGGCCAGCACAAUAUCUCCUCGGCCAGUGUUGUCCAUCUACUUUCGGACGAGAACUCGACGGUCUCUUUGGAUGACAGAGGAGACUCCUGGCUACCCACAUGCUGGCGUUCCGCGCCCGUCUGUACUGCUCAAACUGGUCAUGCCUGACACUGAGCGGCAGCAAGACCAACACCAGCAACAACACCAGCAGCAGACAUCCCAAACGGGCAUCAGUCAAUCUAUCGAACAUGACUCCAGCCAUAGUCCAGAACGGCCGUCAUAUUCUCCUGUAACUCCGACUCUGUCGCAUACCGACCUUCCAAAUCCGAACGACACUUCCGAUGACUUGCCACAAUGGCUGGAUGAUGAGCCAGAGUCGCUCCCGGUGAACCUGGACGAUAACCCCGACGCCAUUGCUCUGAGGUCAGCAUUAUCCGUUUUACAAAUUCAACGGCAGCGGGCGCUACAGGAUAUGCGCGACCUGGAGAAAAUGAAGAAUGCGGCCCUUGAGGAUCCUGAGCAGUUUAUCAAAGACCUCGGCCAAGGCAAGUUGGCACAUUCGACUCAAGACGAAGUCGACAUGGUUGGCUUUGACAAUUCGACAGGGGAAACAGCAGAAGACACUUCAAAGUUCGGGAAAUUACCUAAUGCACAACAAGUGUUUCGGACUCCUCCUAUUGAAUGGGCAAAGUAUCACAUUGUUGGUGAACCAUUAGAUCGACUGCACGAGGUACAGCAGCAUUAUCCGGGCUAUACCGAAGAGACGAACGGCACUGGCAAUCGAUCAACACCCCAGGUCAUUGCGGCACCUUACCGACCGUUUGUAGACGAACUGGAACGUGGGGAAACACCGAAAAAGCCAUGAAAUGAAGCCCAAACCAAGUGAAUAUUGAUCCACGCACUUUGCAUGGAAUGCCUGGACCGCGUCGGCGUCACGCAUCUCUAUGCCUUUUAAUCCUGCGUUAAUAACAUAAGUUCAUGCUUUCCCAGCUCGACCGCAUCCCAAUGGUCUGCGAGUAUGAUAGUGUCCGAUCUCAAGCCUGGCCCUGGACGUCCGCGACACAAUCGACUCCACGUAUAGCUUCCUUUGACUUACUCCAAGCCAGUCUAUUUCAUGGUGAUGUUCUUUACCAUGCGCUUGAAUUGAGCGAACUCGGCGCGGUGAUUGGCGAGCUCCAGUUGAUCUGCGCGUCUGCACAAAGGACAACGCGGACCACGGACCCUCGCUCGUUUGGUCGCUCCAGCAUUCUCGACACUUGGGUCCUCACGAUCUCCUCCCCAUCCUCCUGCGUUGUCUGGAUGAGUGGUGUCGAUGAGCUGGUUGCAUUUGUAGCACAGCCGGUAUUUUCCUGCCGGUCUCAUGAAUCCCUGGUUGACGCGGACGAGCACUUGCAGACGAUGGAUAUCGGUAACUCGCUGUGGGCGUGGAAGGUAGUACUGCUUUGUAUCGAUGCCGUUGACUUCCACUGUUACCAUCUUGUCCUUGAGGUGCUCGUACGUCUGGGCGUUUGCUUUGCAGGUCAGCGCAAGUGCGGCUCGGUCGGCGUCCAACGGAAGAAGUUUGAAGAUGGUAUGAAUCACUUCAAUAGGCAACUUGGAGAGAAGGUUAUUGGUCUGCCCGUUCGGCUCGUUGAGGUAGAUCUGCAAACAAGAUCAUAGUGAGCAAAGGAAGGAGAAGAAAAG